AUGUCCAGUAGUGUCGACGUCCGCAGGCGUCCUGACAUCUGGUCUUAUUUCUCAUUCAACAGCGCGCCCCGGCGACGCACUUCGCUCUCCUUGCCUCUGAAGAGCAACAGCACCUUCGACCCCUUCGAGAAGGCCGACCGCCAUUCCACUCGUCCCUCGAGGUCCUCCACCGGCGCAUCCUCCUUCAUGAACGAAUACAAGGUCGGCGGCGGCAGUAGCAGCAGCAGCAACAUGAACCAGGGCCAGCGGACCCGGUACCUGAAGGCGGGAGGCAUCAUAGCCUUCAUCCUCAUCAUCUUCUUCUACCUGGCCCCUAGCCAGGCACCAGCUACCGCACCCUCCGCGGGCAAGUUCCCCGGCGGCGAUGUCGCCUCCGAUCCCUCUCUCGCCACCACGAAAUGCACGCGCUCUUACUCCUCGGACAAGCCUCUCAUCCAGUAUGCCCUGAUGAUCGACGCUGGCAGCACUGGUUCGCGCAUCCACGUCUACCGUUUCAACAACUGCGGCCCCACACCUGAGCUUGAGAAUGAGGUCUUCGAGAUGACUCCGAAGAAGGAGGGCGGCUCUGGCCUGAGUUCCUACAAGGCCGACGCCGAGGGCGCGGCCCAGAGCUUGGAUGUCUUGAUGGAUGUCGCCGUCAAGAGCGUUCCCGAGAAGGUUCAGGGCUGCACUCCGGUCGCUGUCAAGGCCACUGCUGGUCUUCGCAAGCUUGGUCCUGAGCUGAGCGAGAAGAUUCUGCUUGCUGUGCGCGAAAGGCUCGAGACCAAGUACCCAUUCCCGGUUUUGUCGGCCGAGAAGGGCGGCGUUGAGGUCAUGGAAGGCACCGAUGAGGGUGUCUAUGCCUGGAUCACGACAAACUACCUGCUCGGCAAGAUUGGCGGUCCUGACAAGAGCCCCACCGCUGCCGUCUUUGAUCUCGGCGGUGGCUCUACCCAGAUUGUCUUCGAGCCUACUUUCCCUGACGUCAAGGACGGUGGCAUGCCCGAGAAGCUUGCGGACGGUGAUCACAAGUACGAGCUCGACUUUGGAGGCCGGAACUUCACGCUGUACCAGCACUCUUACUUGGGCUACGGACUCAUGGCCGCGCGCGAGAACAUUCACAGGGUCGUAUUCGACGCGGCAUACGAGGAGGCCAAGAAGGCCGGCACUACCGACACCUUCCUCAAGAAAUCUGUCAUGAACCCAUGCCUCAUUCCUGGUACCUCCCGCAAGGUCGAGGUUCCGCUGGAGGAGGGCCACCCGCUCGGCAAAACUGUCACCGUUGACAUGAAGGGCCCCGCCGAGGGCGCCCCCGCGCAGUGCCGUGGCAUCGCGGAGAAGACCCUCAAGAAGGAUACCGAGUGCAAGCUCGCACCCUGCGCUUUCAAUGGUGUUCACCAGCCUUCCCUUGCGAAGACCUUUGCCCGCGAGGAUAUUUACCUCUUCUCGUACUUCUACGACCGCACGAGCCCGCUCGGCCUCCCGUCUAGCUUCACGAUCAACGAGCUCAAGGAGCUUGUGAGCCGCGUCUGCCACGGCCCUGAACACUGGGAUGUUUUCCACAGUAUCGAGGGUGCUUUGGACGAGCUGAACGACCGCCCGGAGACUUGUUUGGACUUGAACUUCCAACUUGCUCUUCUGCAUACCGGUUACGAGAUGCCCAUUGACAGGGAGGUCAACAUCGCCAAGAAGAUCAACAACAAUGAGCUUGGAUGGUGCCUUGGUGCUAGUCUUCCCCUUCUUAACCAGGAAUCUGGUUGGCAAUGUAAGAUCAAGGAGGUUACGAAAUAA